AUGUCGAACGUCACAGUCCUCAUGUCGACGCACUAUUCGCCAGGAGAGGCGAGGGGCGUAGGGCUCUUGGUGGCCGCGGGAGCACUCUCUUUACUCUCGGUCGUUGCUCUCCUUGUUAUCAUGGCGAUCUCAGCGUAUCGAACCAAAGGAUCGCGAGACGAUCACGUCUUUGUUCGCACGCAUGUCGCUGCCUAUUUUGUUUCGCUCCUCCUAUGCGAUCUAGCACAGGGUAUUGGGUCGCUGAUUAACAUUGCCUGGAUCAGUAAUGGUGGUGUGACGAACAACUCUCUUUGCGUUGCUCAAGGAGCAAUUAAGCAAACCGGAAACGUCGGGACGGCCCUGUGGUCCUUCGUUAUCGCGGUUCAUACAUUCUUCCUGCUAUUCUACCGAACCAAAGUGCCUGACGGCGUGUGCUACACGACCCUUGUCGUCGUUUGGUGCAUUCUAGGUGGCGUCCUCUCCCUCGGGCCGGGCGUCCUCGCGACCAAGGAGAAAGGUCCGUUCUACGGAAUUUCAGGGCUGUGGUGCUGGAUGACGUCUGCGUAUCCCGUCGAACGGUAUGCGCUUGAAUAUUGCUUCAUGUUCGCGUCGGCUGGCCUCUCCUUCAUCCUCUAUACCCUCGUCUUUCUCCGACUUCGCGGCAAUGUCAACGUAUCCGGAUGGCGCUUCUCUUUCCAGCGUCGCCAUGUCGCAAAGGGCUACUCCAACAAGCAGUACAACGCCGUCACGGAUCCAUCGCAGAACACACACGUAAUGCGUGUCGCUCGCCAGAUGAUGUGGUAUCCAGUUGCAUAUACCAUCCUCAUCGUUCCCAUCGCCGCGGCACGCUUCGCGUCCUUCUCGGGCAAGGCGGUUCCCUACGAGGUGACCAUCUUCACCGCGACGGUCUUCAUGCUCAGUGGAUUCGUCAACGCUGUCCUCUUCACCGCAACGCGUCGUGUCGUUCCCGCGAGCUCCAUCUUCCCUGCCUUUAUUCCGCUCCAUGACCAACAACAUCUCCAUGAGUCGCACGUCAAAGUUUGUCCCCAUAUUGGCAUCGGCGUCACGGUCAAUGUCGAAAAGGAGUACGAGUACGACCUCGAGAGUCCGACCAAGCGUGCUUCGCUGCAGCUUUCGCAACCUGUCCGUCCAUUCGAUGUCGUCGCUCCCUUUAACAAUCAGUCUCUCGGCUCGCCCACGGCAACCGGGAGGAAGAUUGUGUGGGAUGACCAGGGAAAGACGUCGCAGACAGGCAGUGACUUUAAGAGGUCAUCGAGCGUUGGAUCUAGUAACUCGGAUAUCAGCAAGAAGCCCAAUCCAGACUCCGACAUUCCGUACGCGAUGCAAUAUCCUAGCCCUCCCAACACCUACAGACCACCUAUUUCACACACUUCAACCUCACCGAACAUUGCUGCCUAUCUCAAUCCCCGAGACCGUGGUGAUAGGGGCAUGUCGGCUGCUUAUGGAUACGCUGGCCAGGAUGUGUCUCUUCCAGAGGUCGCAUACACGCCCAACUAUCAUCCUGGCCGUGGAACAUAA